AUGUCAGAACAUGUUGAAUUGCAACAUUUAGUUGAUGGUGACAUUGAAAGUAACACAACAGCACAAGAAAAACGAUUUUCAAUUCUAAUGUGUAAAUCAUGCCCUUAUCUUGGUUUAAUACUGGCAACUUUAUCAUCAUUAUUUUUUUCAUUAUGCAGUGUCAUUGUGAAAGGUUUAGUAGAAGUAAAUCCAAUGGAAUUGGCAGCAUUUCGAUUUGUGGGUGUGUUAUUACCAGCAAUACCAAUUGUAAUAUAUAAGGGAGAACAUCCUUUUCCAAAAGGACAUAGACUAAUGCUAAUAUUAAGAAGUUUUGUGGGGACUACUGGCCUCAUGCUAAGUUUUUAUGCAUUUCGACAUAUGCCAUUAGCUGAUGCAUCUGUUGUAGUCUUUUCUGUUCCUGUAUUUGUAGCUAUAUUUGCAAGAAUAUUCUUAAAAGAGCCUUGUGGAUUAUUUAAUGUUAUUACAGUCUGUUUAACAUUAGUUGGUGUAAUUUUAAUAACACGUCCACCACUUAUUUUUGGACAUACUAUAGAGUCACUCUCAGAUGGACAUAUAACAAUGCAACAUGCAGAUCUGUGGGGUGCUGUAGCAGCUUUUUCAGCAACUCUCUUUGGUGCAAAUGCAUAUGUUUUACUAAGAGCUUUAAAAGGCCUUCAUUUUUCAGUAAUCAUGACAAACUUUGGAUCAUUUGCUUUGAUUCAGACAAUAGUUAUAUCUUGGGUUAUAGGUGCACUUUGCUUACCUCGGUGUGGAACAGACAGAGUUUUAGUUGUUGCUCUUGCACUUUUCAGUUUUGGGGGUCAGAUAUUAUUAACAUUAGCUUUACAGAUGGAACAAGCAGGACCAGUUGCAAUAGCAAGAUCAGCAGACAUAGUAUUUGCCUUUUUUUGGCAAGUUUUAUUUUUUAAUGAAAUUCCAAAUCCUUACUCAGUAGGAGGAGCAAUUGUAGUCACAAGUUCAGUUUUAUUAACAGGAUUAAGAAAAUGGGCUAUAUCAUUACCAGAAACAUCUAGUGUUAAAAAAUCUUUGGGUAUUUUGGUGAUGUAA